AUGAAGCUCACACCCGAAGAGCACGACAAUGCUUUUGCCAUCAAGGAACAGAUUGAGGGGAUGCCAGAUCUUGACAAUUUAUCGGACUUUAUGUAUGCCCAGCUUGCUAUUAUCUGCAAGGACGACGUGGAAGGUGCUGUGAAUAGAUGCUAUGCGAUGCAGGAUUUUCGGCAUGAGUACAAGGUUGAGAACCGAUACAAACAAGGAUCUCAGAUGAUGGAAUGGGUUUUCAAACUGUUCCCAGAGCAUUUAUUGUUCUUUGGGUUCAGUGAGCAAGAUGGGACCUACAUCUUUGUGCAUGACUUCAGCAAGUUUGAACCAAAGAAGUUUACUAGACCCAAAAUGGAAGAGGAUUGGUUGACUUUCAUGUACUACUCCCAUAUUCUCUUCUUUCCAGAUUUUGAAUCCAUUCGCAAAGGGAUCAUUUGUGCUUGUGAAUGUGAGCAGAUGGACUUGAGAAAAGAUGUCAACAAACUUUUUGGCAGGUUCUUUUCGGAGUUUCUGACACACUACCCGUUUGACGGGGAAUGCAGGUUCUUUAACACUGGAGCCAUGGUCAACAUCUUUGCUUCCAUUCUGAGGAAAAUCCUGCCUCAGAAUCUGCGAAAUAAGUUUACAGUCGGGUACAAAAUGGAAUGCCAUCUUUCAGAAACAUUUCUUGUUCCCAAUGUGGAAGCAGCCAAUGCAAGGAUGCUUGGCAGAAUGAAGGAGAGCUUAGAGCUACGGUACAAGCAUGAGGCAGCCUUUUCGUUAUGCUAA